AUCCGCCUGUCUGUCCGAGCCUAACGGUGGUCCGGCCCUCUGAUCGUAGGUGGGCUCUCUCCUCCCCUGACCGUGACUAAUGCAUGGGAGGCCCCUUCCUCGCUGGGGAGAGGCUCUGCGUCCCGAGGCCGGACACCUGGAGUCCAGCUCUCCUGACUCCUUGCUCUGAGCUGGGUCUGGGUUGUGUCUCUUUGGUCUGUGUUCAGUCAUGCUGCUUCUGUCGCUCCUGCUAGAACUGUGGCCCCCAAACCUGAACGGGGCUUUGCCAGGAAACCCCGUCCUCGGUUCCCUAGCUCUUAGGUGAUUUGGCUCCGCGCUUCCCAAGGCCCCUUCCAGCCACAAACUCUGGGGAGACCAGGCCAACUGCCUGUCUCCGCACGCGCAGGCGCAGUAAGUUCUGGCUCAGGCGCGUCUCCAUGUGGCCCGCGCCGGGGUCCUUUCUCUCUGCCCGUCGCCGGCUCCCUUCUCUCCUUCGUCUCCGAGGCCAUGGCGCUGAGACUCGGUCGGGUGCUGCUGGCUGCGGGCGAGGGGCUGCUGCCCCGGCUCGGAGCCAGAACUCCCGGCCUGGAGCGUAAUUUUGGCCUCUCUCACAGCUGGAACACAGUGAUCGUGGAGCGCUGGUGGAAGGUCCCACUGGCCGCCGAGGGCCGGAGGCCGCGUCUGCGCCGGCGGCACCGAGUCUACCGGCUGGUGGAGGACACCCAGUGGCAGCCGCAGGGGACCAUGGAGCUCAUCCUGACUCAGACUGUGGAGGGCCUCGGAAUUCGAGGCAACACUGUCACAGUGAAGAAGUCACUGGGCCGGAAUAAACUGCUUCCUCAGGGUCUGGCUGUGUACCCAUCACCAGAGAACAAGAAGAUGUUUGAGGCAGAGAUCCAGUUGCGGCAGGAAGGGAAGCUGGAGAAGCUCCAGACCAAGACUGGUGUGACGACAGUGAAAUUCUUGAAGAGCUGCCACCUGGAAGUGGGAAUGAAGAAUAAUGUCAAGUGGGAGCUAAACCCCGAAAUUGUGUGCCGCCACUUCUUCAGAAAUCUUGGAGUGGUAGUAUCCCCACAUGCCCUAAAGUUACCUGAAGAGCCAAUCACAAGGUGGGGCGAGUACUGGUGUGAGGUGACGGUGAAUGGGCUUGACACGGUGAGGGUCCCCAUGUCUGUGGUGAACUUUGAGAGGCCCAAGACCAAGAGAUACAAGCAUUGGUUAGCCCAGCAAGCUGCCAAGUAAAUGGUACCUACCAGUAAAGAACUUCUCUUUCCACCUAUGGCAAUCAGAUACCCUCCAGACCCCUGUUCUGGAAUCAGUGGAGCAAAGAUAGAUCUACACUUGAUCUUGCUUCCCUUCCUGUGACUUAUUUGGGGUCUGAGUGUAAGAAGGGCAUCGGAGAGAACACCAUAUCACUUGCCCUCUGUUUGCCACUUAUGUCAUCGAUGUUUCCAGUGCCUUUCACUUUCCAUCCACUGUCCUUACUGAAGACCUGCUUAGCAAGCACUGAAGUCAGUAGAUGUGAUAAGGAUUGGAAUUUACCAUGGGGCAUCUUCCAAACUGAGAGUCAGGGCGAGCCCCUCCGAAUGAAUGGAAAUGAAAGUCCUAACUAGCGUCUUCAGGAUCUGUCCAUUCUUUGUGGGCCACACAUGGCCCACUACCUGCAUCACAAUCAUCAAUAAAGAGACUGUGCCCUUUGGAGGUGUGA